UAGUCGUCCCCUCCCACAAAUGCAGCAUCACCCAGUGAAUUACAUUAGGGUGGUUUUCCCCCCAGCCUCGGGCUUUGUUUGGGUUUGAUUGUGUUUGGCUGUUCGCUAAGCUGAUUUAUGCAGCAGAGCCCCAUCGGCUGGAGAGAAACAAAAGCUCUUUUCUUUGUCCCGGAGCGGACUGCGGAGCCCUCUCUCGCUUCGCGGCCGCCGGCCAUCGGUUGUCCCAGGAGCUGUCUGCGGCCGAGACCUCGGGGCCAGCCGUUCCGAGCUGGGAGGGCCGCGGGGGCCCUGAGAUGCGGAGAGCUGCCCUGGCCCGCGUACCUGCACCGCCUACUCCGAGCCGCGGGGUCCGGCUGCCUGGCCUGCGGGAAACGUCGUAGGGACUCUCGGCCCCGAGGUGCGCCCCGGAGGCGCGAGCGCGCAUCCGGAAAGCCGCCAGGCAGCGGGCGCGGGGCGGGCUGCUUUGCAUUAUGUGCGGCUCGGCCCUGGCUUUUUUUACCGCUGCUUUGGUCUGCCUGCACAACUGCCAGCGAGGUCCUGCCUCGGUUCUCCGAGCGGCCUGGGUGUUUUCACUUUUUCUUGGACUGGGCCAAAGUGAAGACAAUAGAUGCGGGUCUUCAAACACAGUCUCCUGUGCCAGGUGCCUUGAGCUGAGUCCAGAAUGUGGAUGGUGUGUUCAAGAGGAUUUCAUUUCAGGUGGAUCAAGAAGCGAACGUUGUGAUACUGUUUCCAAUUUGAUAAGCAAAGGCUGCCCACUUGGUUCAAUAGAAUUCCCAUCUGUGCAUGUAGUAUUACCGAGUGAGGAUGAAAUAAAUACCCAAGUUACACCAGGAGAAGUCUCCAUCCAACUGCGUCCAGGAGCUGAAGCUAAUUUUAUGUUAAAAAUUCGUCCUCUGAAGAAGUACCCGGUGGAUCUUUAUUACCUGGUUGAUGUAUCAGCAUCAAUGCACAAUAAUAUAGAAAAACUAAAUUCUGUUGGAAAUGACUUAUCUAGAAAAAUGGCUUUUUUCUCCCACGACUUUCGCCUGGGAUUUGGCUCAUAUGUGGACAAAACUGUUUCACCGUACAUCAGCAUCCACCCUGAACGGAUUCACAAUCAAUGCAGUGACUACAAUUUAGAUUGUAUGCCUCCCCAUGGAUAUAUCCAUGUGCUGUCUCUGACAGAAAACAUCACUGAGUUUGAAAAAGCAGUCCACAGACAGAAGAUCUCUGGAAACAUAGAUACCCCUGAAGGAGGUUUCGAUGCUAUGCUUCAGGUAGCUGUCUGUGAGAGUCAUAUUGGAUGGCGAAGGGAAGCUAAAAGAUUGCUGCUGGUGAUGACAGACCAGACAUCACAUCUUGCUCUUGAUAGCAAAUUAGCAGGCAUAGUGGUACCAAAUGACGGAAACUGCCACCUGAAAAACAAUGUCUACGUCAGAUCUACAACCAUGGAGCAUCCCUCACUAGGCCAACUUUCAGAAAAGCUAAUAGACAACAACAUCAAUGUCAUUUUUGCAGUUCAAGGCAAGCAGUUUCACUGGUACAAGGACCUUCUACCCCUUUUGCCUGGCACCAUUGCUGGUGAAAUAGAAUCCAAAGCUGCGAACCUCAAUAACCUAGUAGUGGAAGCCUAUAAGAAACUCAUUUCAGAAGUAAAAGUGCAGGUGGAAAACCAGGUACAUGGGGUCCAUUUUAACAUUACUGCCAUCUGUCCAGAUGGGACUAGAAAGCCAGGCACAGUUGGAUGUGGAAACGUGACAAGCAAUGACGAAGUUCUUUUCAAUGUAACAGUUAUGAUGACAAAUUGUGAUGUCACAAAAGGAAAAAACUAUGCAAUAAUCAAGCCUAUUGGUUUCAAUGAAACCGCUAAAAUUCAUAUAGACAGAAGCUGCAGCUGUCAGUGUGGGGAGCACAGAGCACUGAAAGGACGGUGUGUGGCUGACACUUCCAUGGAUUCCAAGUGUCCACAGUGUGACGAUGGUAAAUGUCAUUUUGACGAGGAUCAGUUUCCAUCUGAUACUUGCAAGUCUCAGGAGGAUCAGCCUGUCUGCAGUGGGCGAGGUGUUUGCAUCUGCGGGAAGUGCUCAUGUCACAAAACUAAGCUUGGAAAAGUAUAUGGAAAAUACUGUGAAAAGGAUGACUUUUCUUGCCCAUAUCACCAUGGAAGUCUGUGUGCUGGACAUGGAGAGUGUGAAGGGGGAAGAUGCCAGUGCUUCAGUGGCUGGGAAGGAGAUCGGUGCCAGUGCCCAUCAGCAUCAGCCCAGCAUUGUGUCAAUUCCAAAGGCCAGGUGUGCAGCGGAAGAGGCACAUGUGUGUGUGGCAGGUGUGAGUGCACUGACCCCAGGACCAUUGGACGCCUCUGUGAGCACUGCCCCGCCUGUCAUCCAGCCUGCAGCGAAAACUGGAAUUGUAUGCAGUGCCUUCACCCUCACAAUCUGUCUCAAGCUGUACUUGACAAAUGUAAAGCCUCCUGUGCUGUCAUGGAACAACAUCGUUUGGAGCAAGCAUCAGAAUGUUUAUCUGGCCCAAGCUAUUUGAGAAUAUUUUUCAUCAUAUUUAUAGUUACAUUCUUGAUUGGAUUGCUUAAAGUCCUUAUCAUCAGACAGGUGAUACUGCAAUGGAAUAGUAACAAAAUCAAGUCCUCAUCAGAUUACAGAAUGUCUGCCUCCAAAAAGGAUAAACUGAUUUUGCAAAGUGUUUGCACAAGAGUGGUGACCUACCGACGUGAGAAGCCUGAAGAAAUAAAAAUGGAUAUCAGCAAAUUAAAUGCUCACGAGCCCUUCAGGUGCAACUUCUAAAGAAAGAUUUUUAAAAAUACUUUGUGAGAAACUGGAUUUUUUACAGAUUUGCUCCUAGAAAGUAUAAAUUGAAAAGUCACAGGAGGAGACAAAAUUACUGAAAACCAUGCCAAUUUCUGGCUGUAUACUCUCCUGGAAAUGGGCAAGCAUCCUCACCAUCAUGUGACUCACCCAGCUGCUGAAGUUUUCAGAGAACAAUGUGUCUUACUACUGUUGGAGACUAGUGUCAUUGUAGCACUUUACUGUAAUAUAUAACUUAUUUAGAUCAGCGUAGAAUGUAGAUCAUCUGAAGAGCACUGAUUACACUUUACAGGUACCUGCCAUCCCUGUGCUUCCCAGAGAGACACAAUGCUAUGAGACAGGUUAGUAUUGUGUCCUGACCACUGUGCAGUCAUCCCAGCACAGAAUCUGCCAAUGAAAACCAUCCAGGAGUUACAUAAAUUGCCAAGCUUGUCAACAAUCGGCAUUGUCUAGAUGUGCACAACCAACUGAAUAAAUGGUUAGUGUUUCUCUCCUGCAGGAGGCAAGCAGAUAAAACCUUAAUCCUAAGGGAUAUUGUUUUUGAAACUAUAUGAUUUGAUGCAUGUGAGUUUCUGUUUCCUUCUCUUUAUGAAAUGUAUAUUAUUAACUCAAACAUUUUCUUCUUUUAACCUUCCUUUUUUGUUUUUUCUUCUUUAUGGAAUAAGUUUUUUAUAUGUCACAGAUGACUGGAUUAAAUAAGUGCUAAGUUACUACUGCCAUAAAAUCCUAUAAGACAAUGUCACUUUAUUAGAAUACUGGUUUUAAAAGCUGAAUGUUAAUAACUGUCACUGUAAAGUAUCAUCUAAACCUUCUUUGUUUGAAGAUGUAGUUUCUUGUUUUCUUACCUGUUAACUGGAUGGAUUGUUUCACCUUUUGGUUGGUCUGAUCUGUAAACUGAAAUCCACAAGGUAUUUACAAACUCUGUCUCAAAGAAAAAUACCCUAUUUUCUGAGUGGGUUCUCUUAGAUAUUUUACUCCAAGUAGCAACAUUUUUCAAAUGAAAAGCUUUAUUCUUUUUGCCCUCCCCUGCAGUCCAAGGGCAUGCUUCCUCUCAAUCAUCCCAACCCUACUCAUAAGAAUUCAGAAAAGUAUAAAAUUAAAGGAGGGUGGGUGAUAUCUUGGAAAUAAGCUAAUUCUCCAUUUUGGCUAGAGAGUGAGGCCUGAAAAAACAUUUAUAUGAUUACAUACACACACACACACCCAACACACACAAAGACCACACAAAAAGAUGCAGUGGCAGCAUUAGAAAAGAUUUUUGCCUUCCAAUUACAGGCCACUGUUCAUUGCAUAAUAUGCUACCUCUUAAAUCUUUAAAACAUCCAAUUGGCAAGUCUUUUUUAAAUAUAUUUUACUGAAGUCAUAAGUAUAUUUGCAUGAGAAUAUCUCAAAGCAAAGAAGAAUAGGUACUUUAAAUGGAAUUGUAUCAAACAGUCUUUUCCAUUAAUCACCUUCUGAUAAGAGACUGCAGUAUGGCAAACUACAGGGGAAGCCCUUCACAUAGCAGCUGUUGUAAAAUCAAGCACCUCCUAGAGCUGGCCACUGUUCACCUUGAAGCCUUGACGCUUGAAGGCCUUGAGUUCUAACUUCCAGCUGCCCUGUGUACUACACAGUGUUUUGCCUGUGACAACAGGAAUUUAGCUAAAGAAAUAUCUCCCAGAAUUGCCUCUUUCCAGCACUUGAAUGGUCUAGAUUUUUGCAAUUUGAUGAAAACUAAUCUUCGUCUUGUAUUCCACCCUAAAGACUGGAAAGCAUGCAAGUUAUUCUGGAGCUAGAAAGCAUGACAACUCUUUUAGCAGUCAUUCGCAGGCAGUGAUGAUGAUAAAGACCUUAAGUCUUGUUGUUCCCCAGUGAGGAUGGGCAGCUUUGACAUACGCUAUACUGUGGCUCCCUUAUGUUAAGAAAACUGGGGUCACUAAAGGUAAUGUGAAAACUGUAUUUUGUUUCCUAUAACAGAAUAUCCUUUCAUAAAUGCAUAAAUAAAUGGGUGCUCGACAGUCCCCAAAGGAAAAAAGUGGAAGAUAUCUAUUAAUUAAAUGCUGACAACUUAAAAGUGAACAUUACAGUGUUUACGAACAAUAGAUCGAUUUCCACAUAGAAUAAGCAAAAGCAUAAUAAAAUGAAAUCCCUGAAAAACAAGAUUUAUGCUUUUGUAGGCCCUUACUAGAUUGCACUAACUUUAAGAUAGACCAAGGCUGUUACCACAGGAAAAGACAAAUGUCCUUGCUGGAGAUUCAGUGCUGGGUGAUAAUAUGCAAUUAUAUGUGGAAUAUCUUGUGAUUUCUUUUCUUUCCCUUUUUUUUUUAAAUUUAAAGAGCUAAUUCUUAAAGAUUGUAGGACUUAACAUUUUACUUGAAUAAUUCAUGUUUUUCUGUUUAAUAGUUUGUGAAAAUUAAAAUUUGACUAGUAAGAAUGAAUAAAAGAUAAGGGGAACAGGGUAUUUUUAGAUUAAAUAAUUUAUGUGUGCAGAGCUUAGUUUCAAGUACUAUAAUCAGAGAAAUCUUUUGAGAGUCAGUGAUAUUAAAUGUAAUUAAUGGAAUUUUAAACUGUUAACAAAAUUAAGAAUAUGAAUACAUUUGGUAUGGCAGCAUUUUUAUGCCCUAAAGUAUGUAAUGAUUAAGAAAUAUUCCAUAUACACACUACAAAAGUAACUGCAUGCAACUUAUUUCUUCUGAGACAUUGUUACACUGCAGUACACCUGUAUUUAUAGACAUUUGAUGAACUUUUUAAAAUUUUUCUACUAUUUAUUAAACUCUAGACAUUCUCUGGAAGGCUUAAAAUUUCACUAAAAGUCUGAUUAUGUUCCAAAUAUUCAGUUGAGCAUAGGUUAAUGAAAAUAACAGCAACAAAAAAAGUCUAGACAUUUCCGGAGGCAAAUUUUUCAAAAUUCAAAAAAUUAAAAUUGUGGAUGUAUCCAGUACAAUACUUAAUCAAAGAAUGAAUCUCGAAUAUUUUCAAUAGUUGCUUGAUCUCCACUGAAGAUAUUUCUGUGUGUACCAAAAUGCAUCCAUGAGACACUGAACUGCCUUAUGAUAGACUCUGAAUACUUUUCUCCACAGAGUUCUAUUGCUUCUGGUACCUAGUAGACUAGGUUAGGCUCAAUGGCUUUUCCUUCCCUUCCUAGCUCCUGUGUUUUUCAUCCACUUUUGCAUAAAGUUUGCCUAAAACCUUUAAGUCCAGUAAGCCUAAUUUUGAAAACUAAUAGAAUUUAGUGAUGUAAUUAGUUCUUCAUUUCCAAAGAUCUCUUACUGAUUUUAACACUUAUUUGAAUAAAGGCAGUUCCAUUGAAAACUAAGAAUUUUUAAUUUUCACAAUUGUUUAGCCUUCUUUCCAUUUUGAAGGGUUUAAACCAUAUUUUGGAGGCUGGAGAGAUGGCUCAGCAGUUAAGAGCACUGACUGAUUUUACAGAGGGCUGAAGUUCUCAUCCCAGCCUCCACAUGGCUACUACCAACCAUCCGUAACUCCAGUUCCAAGGGAAUCUGAUCUCCUCUUCUGACCUCUGUGGGCAUUUCAUGGCAUGGGUACACUUAUAUACAUGCAGGCAAUACACUUAUACACAUAAAAUAAAAGUCAUAAUAAAAGCAUUUAAAACUAUAUUUUUGUAAAGUAGCAAAAGUCACUUGGAAGUUCAAUCAUGUGUGUAUUGUUUUUUCUUUACUCUUAAUACUUAAUUUACAACUCUCCUUAUAUGUUUUGGCCCUAAGAACCUCAUUUCAUGCUAUGCAAGCUUUUUAAAAGGAAUAUAGAACUAUUUUUCUUUCAAACCAUUGCCUUUCCAUCUUUCCUAAUUCCUGCAUAGCAAAUUAGCUAUUCAUACCUGAAUUGACAUGUCCACGGGGUGCCUCAUUGAUUCUAGGACACUCACUUUUUCAAUUUAGCAUUUCCCAAACUGUGAUGUCUGUUGAAAUUUUCAUCUUAGGUACAGUGUUUAAAAUAGCAUCUAAGUAAAAACUACACUCAUUCGAUUUAAUUAAACAUUCACAGGUACAAAAAUAUUCCUUUUCUUUUAAAUGUUUGUGAAUUAUGUUAUAACAUGUGAAGCCAACUCUUAGUAUAACUGAGCCAUCUACCACUCAGUGAGGAGCCUAACUGACUAUCAGCUGAGAUCUUGUGUAUCUCUAAGUGACAAAUGCUCUUUCAGGCUCUUGUUUAUGUUUUAUGCAAACGGCAGUGACUUCAGCAGACCUAACUCAUGAGAGUAGGUAGGUUCCUCAAGCUUUCAUUAAAGGAUCUUUAGACUUUCCAGUCCUUUCCAGGGGAUCCUUUUAUAUAAUCAUCUCACUUGUAAAUAACUGGAAAAUAUUACAUGAAACCAUCAUAGUCAGAUUUUACAGCAUUUGGUAUGUCUUAUGUCAACGGUGGAGCAUAGUAUAAUACAAUCAAUCAGUCUUUCGGAAGUGGAUAGCCACCUUUCCUGUCUUCCAACUUUCUUUCUUAUCCUUUCUGCUCUUUUGAUGUUUUCCUGGGCUCUGAUAACUUUCCCCUUAAGCCCAUGUAAUGACUGUUAUAAAGCUGCAAGCUUAAAUUAUUUUAAUUAUGUGAAGCAAUAGUUCAACUCUCUGGGCAGCUUUUAAUUACCUGGGAGUAAAAACACUACUCUUGUGUCUACCUGAAACACUUCUUUGCAAAAAUUUAUCUUUGUAAGCUAACCCAAUCAGGUGUCUGUCCUUUACAGCCAAUUUCAGUAAGAAUGUCUAACACAUCAGUAUAAAAAAAAAAAAAAAAAAAACACAACAAUCAUCAAGGAUGGAAAUAGUGUGAUUUGUGUAAAGAACUUUUGCUGAAUUUACACAGUCCCACAGACAAAUGUGAUUUUCAUAAGAAGUCUGCACAACAACUAUGGUACAUAGAUAUUUUUAUUAAAAAUAUGGAGUAAAAAUAUUUUCAUUCUAAAUUAUAAGUAUAAAUUUGCACAUUAUUAAUAUAGAAGUUCAUUUUGUGUAUAUUUAACAUAUCCGUAAAACUGUUUUACAUUUACUAGCUACUUUAAAAAGGUUUUUUAACCUCUGCAAAAACAGAAAUGUUUUUAAAUUAUCAAUAACAUAACCUUAUUUUGUUUCACUUAACAUGUACUGCCUUUGUAAAAAGAAAUUUAAUAUAGAAUGUAUUUUUAAAGUGUCUGAAUAUAAAAUAGCUCUAAGAAAACAAAUGAUUACUGAACAUGUUUUGUAUUCUUUCUGGCUUUGGAUUAUACAUAAGGUAAAAUUGCCUUAAAUAAUGUGGACGACUGAGAAUGAAACCAUUUUGCCUACUACACUAUGAAUCUGUUCACAUAACUCUGAUUGACUACUAACUUCCGAUUUGUGUAUUUAUUAAAAAGCUGACACUGUAUAUUGUGAGAUGUUUAUUUUUCUAACAGAGCUUAUAACAGUUAGGACAAGGCAUUUAAUUAAUGUACCCUUCUGUUUAAAUGUAGGUGUUAAUAUGAAAUUUUGUUUUAAAAUAAAAUUGUAGAAAUCUAAUAAAGAUGUAAAGAAUA